AAAAUGAUGUCAUUGAAGGUCAUGCGCAACAACCCAAUGAGAGGGGCGUAGUGAAGAUUUUGUCAGCCAUUUUAGUUCUGUGGGAUAAAAAUUCAUUCUACGUUGGCAAUUUCUAAAUUUUUGUGACACAAAUUAGUUACUUAAAUCCCAUCAACGUAAUUAGUGAUUGCCUUAUUGAACAGUGAUUUCUCUAACUUUUUGUGGUGCAUAUCGUGUUUAUAUUUCUAGUUGUACAUCCGUGACGGAUAGUGUUAACAUUUGAGUGGCCCAGGCUUUUUAUUCAUCAAAAUAAUGGGCACCCGUGAUGACGAAUAUGACUAUUUAUUCAAAGUGGUGCUCAUAGGAGACUCCGGUGUAGGUAAAAGUAACCUAUUAUCUAGAUUCACCAGGAAUGAGUUCAAUCUAGAAUCAAAAUCAACGAUUGGAGUUGAAUUCGCAACUCGCAGUAUACAGGUCGAUGGAAAAACUAUAAAAGCACAGAUAUGGGACACAGCCGGUCAAGAGAGAUACAGAGCUAUCACGUCGGCUUACUACAGAGGAGCAGUGGGCGCACUGCUUGUGUACGACAUAGCAAAGCACCUGACCUACGAGAACGUGGAGCGGUGGCUGCGAGAGUUGCGUGACCACGCCGACCAGAACAUCGUGAUCAUGCUGGUGGGCAACAAGUCCGACCUGAGGCAUUUGCGCGCCGUGCCCACCGACGAGGCAAAGACGUUCGCCGAACGCAACAGUCUCUCCUUCAUCGAGACAUCGGCGCUCGACUCCACCAACGUCGAAACUGCCUUCCAAAACAUACUCACAGAAAUCUACCGAAUCGUAUCACAAAAGCAAAUCAGAGACCCACCUGAAGGUGACCUGAUCCGGCCCCAGAACGUAGAACCCAUCGACGUCAAACCGACUGUCAACUCAGAUAGUGUUCGCAAACAGUGUUGCCAGUGAGCUUGUCGGAUGGAGUGUAUGCAUUCUUUUGUAAGGAUGGAGAACAUACAACGGCUGAAUGUUGGUGAUUAUGAUGAUGGUGAUUAUGGUGGUGAUUUGUGUCAUCGACAGAGCAGUAGAUAGCAGAUAGCAUUGAUUGUCUGCUCUCUCACUCUGCUGCUGUCCUUCAACUGAAUGCAGUCAAAGACAUUAUCAACUGUAAGAAUGUUUAUGAGGACGGCAAGAAUAAUAUUAUUGUGCUAUUUUAAAUCUCAUUGCAUAAAACAAAUUAAUGAUGUACAUUUUCUGCGAAUCCACAGUGUAAAAUGUUUUCAACUUUGAUCAGAAGUAUUUUUAAAUAUUGUUUCGCCAUUGAAUGAAGUGAAGAGGUGACACGUUGGCCUAAUGUGUUGAAUACUGUCCAGCAUCAUAGAUUAGCAAUUUAACUGAUUAUCACCGAUUCUAUCUUGUUUGGCAAAUGAAUAAAAAUGAUUCAUGUAGGAACAUUUAUUUCACUUCACAGUAAAUUAUAUGAUUUUGAUUUACUGUCAAAAUUCGAGAAAUAAUCAAAUAAUGUGAUUUGUGGCAAUUGAAUUGCUGCCUUAUGUCUAAUUAGAACUUUUUGUGGUUGCCUCUAAUAUUUUUCUCUGAUCCUUAUUAGAAUCUAGAAAUCAGCAACGUUCUGCUGUACAGACACUAAGAUUCCUAGAAUAUUUCCAUUUUUUCAAUACAUUCUUUCUCUGAUUUUUCUAUUAACCUGUAACCUUUUGAAGCCAGAGCAAAUUGUAGUUUAGGCAGUAGCUGUGAUGAAAUUUGUUAUAUUGUAUAGAAUGAUAUAUUCCGGUUGAUUUAUAACUUGUUAGAUACAAGUCGCUGAGUGUGUAAAUGAGUGAUCAACUCCGAUCUCCAUCUUGAAUUGCAAUGUCGACAUUGAUGCUUGAGCAUCGCAUCGACGAGUCAUGCCAUCAGUUCAGUUCACUCACAUCAUUGGAUGAUUGCAUGGAUCUGCUUGUGACUUGAGCAUAUAUCACACAUAGUAUAAAUACAAUUUUCCAAUUCCUAUAAUGCACUAGAAUGUGUUGCUCAUAUUUGCUACAAUUCGCCAUGUUUUAUUUUAAUGUAUAUUGGUUUUCAUUUGAAAGUUUGAACAAACGUUGGAAUUUGUUGAUUAUUUUUAAGCCUUGAAAUUUGAUUCUGCUGUAUGGGUUAUGUAAUAGUCAAGUUUUAUCGAGAAAUCAAUCACACAUUGAUUUUGAUGCAAGCUGUUUUCUAUAGCGUAAGUAUAUGGAACAAAAUGUAUAUUUGUAAAAGCAUGGAUAAACGCCCAUUCAUUUCAUAUACAUAUUAGUGUGUGUGUAUAUAUGUACAUACUUAUGGUUUUUUAUAUAUCACCUAUAGAUAACAAGCUUAUGAAGGCAUCAUUUACGUCAAGAUUAGCACUGGAAAGAGUUAAUAAAUACAUGAUAAACACUAAAAAAGUAAUCAAAUCCCUUAAAAUGAAUAGUUGUGUUGAAUUUUAAUCAAAUUAUUAUUCAUUAUUGACACUGUUUUGAUUUUGAUGUAAUGUAUGUUUUAUUCAAUAAAUAAUUUGAAAAUAUUAGUUAUCUACAAGAAAUUAAUAACUCCCUAUCUGUAAUACGCCUUUUUGUGACACUUUGAAUUAUUUCUCCUCUAUAAUAUUAUUGUAGCCUACUUGGUAGUAAAUCUUCAUUUAUCAUUUUAUUUAUGUUUGUUCAUAAAUUUUAUAUUAUAUUCUUAUAUUGUUCCUUUCCAUUUCUAUAUAUUAAUUCUAUUUAAUUAGGGAGGUUAAUACUUUGAAUAAAUUAAAUAUUACUGAAGAUCAUAAUGACUGUGUAGCUUUAGUUGAAAGAAGUUAAUUGUAUUUAUUACUCUUUAUCAUUAUUACUAGCUUAUUAAAGUUGAAAUAAGGAG